AUGAAUAAAUAUGAUGCAACAUUGUCAAGUACAUAUAUUGCCAAUGGAAAGAAUUUUUUGGUUGGCUAUGGCGAUGGAUCUUUUGUGGAAGGUAUUUUCAGUAUUGAUACAGUUACAAUCAAUGGAAUUGAAAUAAAAAAUCAAACAUUUGUUGAAUGUAAUUCUAUAAACAGUACGAGUAGUUUACUAAGUGAUGGGGUUUUGGGUCUUUCAUAUCCCGAUUUAACAUUUGAUAAUGGUACAACUAUUUUAAUCAGUAUGUGGAACCGUGGUUUAAUCUCGAAACUGUUAUUUUCGAUCUAUUUGAAUCCGGACAAAAACUCUUCAUAUGAAAGUGGACUUAUUUUCGGUGAUAUAGAUUCAAGUAAAUAUACAGGUUCAAUUACUUAUGUUCCUGUAGUAAUAAAAAUAUAUUGGGAAUUUCUAAUGGAUAGGGUCUAUGCCAACUCAACUGUUAUCAAUUCAUCGUUGUAUGCUAUCAUUGAUACUACCACUACAUUUAUUCUUGGUCCUACUCAAUCCAUUGAUACUUUAAAUAUUGCACUCGGUGGUACUUAUGAUUCAUCUGCUGAAAUGUAUAAAGUUGAUUGCAUUGCACGUUCACUCUCUUCAUUUUCAAAUGUAACCUUCAUAAUCGGUGGUAAAGCAUUUACAUUAACUCCAUUACAGUACAUUUUAACUUUUAAUAAUGGAGUCAACAAUUAUUUAUGUUAUACAAUUUUUGUUCCACUCAACAUAUAUGAUUCAAGAGGCAAUCUCUACUGGACAUUGGGCACUUAUUUUUUGUACCGAUUUUAUUCAAUUUUUGAUUUUGCAAACAAUCAAGUAGGUUUAGCUACAUCGAUCUCUUACAAUUGGACAAAAUCUUUCGACGCAUCUCCUUUCAAUAAUUUAUCAAAGACAACACAAGUAACAACACAAUCGAUUGCAUCAACUACAAGUAGUUCAACACAAUCGAUUGCAUCAACUACAAGUAGUUCAACACAAUCGAUUGCAUCAACUACAAGUAGUUCAACACAAUCGAUUGCAUCAACUACAAGUAGUUCAACACAAACGACAAUUGUAACAUCUAUGGGCAUACAAAUGAAUACUUUCCUAAGACAUACGUUAAAUGAUAUUGUUCUACUAGUAGGACUUUUUCUCAUCAAAACUGUUUAA